UUUGCUGAAAGUGAAGAAGGGAAAAGUGCAAACAGGACUGUGUGACCCUCCUGUCAGGACUCGGGACUCGGGGACUCAGGACCCUCCCGCCCCCUCACAAGCGUCACUGGGAGAGGUUCUGCUCGGGCCACUUGAGGGAAAUGUUUUGUGUGUCACUUGCACGGCGCUUAUUGAAACCGCAGGAAGGGCCUCUGGACCUUGGCCAAGGAGGAUCUGGCCCCUGUCGCGCUCCAUCCGGAUUGGGACUAAAGAGAUGCUCUCCUGAGCGCGCUUUAAAGGACGGCCAGGACCUCCAGGAUGCAGACCCUGGACUCCACCUUCAUCCGACUGGUGAACCACGUCGGCCGCGCCACGGAGCGGGCGGAGGAGAGUCCGGCGAGCCCGGAGGACGGGAGCCCGGGCCCCGGCAGGUCCAAGCGCAGGAGGACCGUCACGGUGGUGCAGCGGCAGGCGGCCAACGUGCGGGAGAGGAAGCGGAUGUUCAGCCUGAACGAGGCCUUCGACGCCCUCAGGAAGAAAGUGCCCACGUUCGCCUACGAGAAGAGGUUGUCCCGCAUCGAGACCCUGCGGCUGGCCAUGGUCUACAUCGCCUUCAUGGAGGACCUGCUGGAGGACCCGAGCCCAGCAUGA